AUGGAGCGAGCGAGCAACGGAGGAAUACUGUACCACGAGGUGCAAGAGGCGAAUCUGUGCGCCGUUCACUGCGUCAACACGGCGUUGCAGGGACCUUUCUUUUCCGAAUUUGAUUUGGCUGCCGUCGCCGCCGAUCUCGACGGGAAGGAGCGUCAGGUCAUGCUCGAAGGCGCCGCCACCGGAGGCUUUUCCGCCGGCGAUUUCUUCUCUGAGGAGUCGCACAAUGUUUCCCUCGGCGGCGAUUUCAGUAUCCAGGUCUUGCAAAAGGCUUUGGAAGUGUGGGAUCUACAAGUGAUUCCACUCAACUGUCCAGAUGCAGAGCCAGCACAGAUAGACCCUGAGCUUGAAAACGCCUUCAUCUGCCACUUGCAUGACCACUGGUUUUGCAUAAGGAAAGUGAACGGAGAGUGGUACAACUUUGACAGCCUCCUCGCUGCUCCACAACACCUGUCGAAAUUCUACCUCUCUGCGUUUCUCGACUCUCUCAAAGGCUCAGGCUGGAGCAUCUUCAUUGUGAAAGGAAACUUCCCUCAGGAAUGUCCCAUGUCGUCUUCCUCUGAAGCUUCCAACAGUUUCGGACAGUGGCUUUCCCCUGAAGACGCAGAGAGGAUACUGAAGAACACGAGCUCGUCGGUGCAGGCUCCUUCUGUUAGCAACAACAGAGGUAAUGACAAUGCGGAUCAACAGAGACCGUAUCAGGCGUUGUCUCAGGAGGAAGUGAGGGCGUUUUCAGAGAUGGAAGAUGAUGACUUGAAGGCAGCAAUUGCAGCGAGUUUGUUAGAUGCUUCUGCGGCUGGGGUCAAUCUUGGAGCUGUUGGUACUUCUCAAAAGGAACCUGAGAAACAAAAGUAG